AAAGCCUAUCACACAGUGAAGUYAUUUUUGAUCGGACGAAMGSAUUUCAUAACCCUCAAAGCGAAAGGAAACACAGAAAGGAAAUACUCGUACGCGCCUCUGAAAUAAUAUGGAGAGAAACCGGAGUAACAUGGCUUUGUUGUUGCUGAUGGCUUUGUUGAUGAUGAUGUUUAUUGGAGUCCAGAGCCAAAACCCARACGUUCCUCUGGCCGUGAAGAACCUUCUGAAGGCAAAGAUACAAAUGCAUGAUCACAUGCUUGCCAUGAAAAGGGAAAAAAUUGUUUCAUAUGAAAUAGUUUCGCGGGCCUUGAAGUUUAUCAAUCUGAGAGACAAGAAAGGUGACCAAGCAGUAAAGGACGCGAAAUCCCGUGAAAGAGCACGUUUCAAGGCGUUUAUUGACAUCCUUAUAGAUCUAAAACAACGAGCUAAAGAGUUUUAYGAKGCAGUAAAGGUCUCAUCCAUGGACGGRUCUUCGAGACAGAGCCUCGAAGACUUCAGGACCUACACCAAGGCCAAYGAGGAUGAAUACCAGGCCUUCGAUAUCUURUUGGCAAGCUUCACAYUGGCGUACAAUAACAAUCGCCGAGCAUGGCUCUUAUUCCGCCACAUCCGUCGAAGUAUAACUAAUUCUGGUGGAGUUCGAAUGGAAUCCGUAUGUCAAUCUGUCAAAACAGCUAGAGACAAAGACCCGCAUUCCCUGCCAGAUCUACACRCCAUAACAGURACYGARAUUUGCCCCAACGUMAACACGUGUACAAGAAAACAAAMAAUCUAUACCAAYAAGUGCAAAAACACGAUACCAUUGCCACAAAAGAAAAAAGAGGAAAAGCGAAAGMAGAAAGCAAAUUGCAGCCMAAUGAAAUAUGUAGAACACAACGUGUGGGAAGCCUGCACAGUUUUGGGGUCGGCGUGGCAUGGCCUCCGAUGCAACAUACAACAAGCUAUACCAAUGAUGACAGGAAUGUUGAAGUACCAAAUCAAUGAAAUGAUUUAUCAAGUUUUAUGCCCUAAAAACUGCAAAUCAGGGAAGUGUAACUCUCAGGGAACGUACGAGAGGUUAAUAGAAGAUAUCAACCGUCUUAUUGGAUUCACUGCAUCACUCAAACUGUAUUACGACACUUUUCAGUUCUGGCAAAACUUAUUCACAGAUGCACUUAAUCGUAGAGCGUUUUCAAAACUAGAAGUGGCUCUUCAGAUUGUCGAGGGGAAYAAGAAUGACUUCCAAAUUUCCACCUAUCAGUGUAACCUGGUYAAGUACGAAAAGGCCUGUCCAUAUGCCGACAUAUUCAGGCAAUUUASCAUGAUAAAGAAAGUACAGSAGAGGAGAAACGGCAACAYCAGAGUCAAAGACCUUCGCCAGUAUUCCAAAGUGAACCACGCUGAGAUGWUAAAGCUUCAGAGAGARGAUCUCAACUUUGCUAAACUUAUAGGUGAAAUCAAACAGCUAGAUAGWAAYUUGAAGGCCUCAAUAAAGGGAAUUUCCAGAUACUUUGAGGGUCUGGCUGRCUUCGAUGAAGGUAUAGCGAAWGCUGACGUUGGAUUYAUCACAUCAAGUUUAGACAAGUUUGAAAGURGCUUGACAACAGUGCAAAGCAAACUAAUCGACGACAUCACAAAAGCCAUAAAUCUAAUGCAAUAUGUACUUGCUGGAAACCUGGCUGACGCAAUUGUCAAACUUGCGACCUCCGUGGCAUUAAACAGCAAUCCCUUAAAAGUGAUCUUUACCGGACCAGAUUUGACUGAUGUUCUGGAUCGCGCUGACGCAGUGGCGAAUGCAGUUUCAAAUGCAGUAAGGGGGUCUGCAUUAGUUCUAGCUAUAAAAGGAUUAGCAGAUGAYGCCCAAAAUUUAAACAAGGCAUUCACAGUCAACUCAAGGCAGCUUGCUUCAUUGGAUAAGUUAGUAAAAAAAAUAAGGAAUAAACAGAGUGCUGACGCGGGAACGGACGCUGAUGAAUUUCUAAACGACUACGGGGCCUACACCCCUGCGGCAGACCUCUCAAAAUUGGAAAAGAACAACGCUUUGUGGUCCGMUUUCAAAGAUUCUAUCUGCGAMAUUCUUUAUGGCGACGUCGGAAUAGGUGGAUCUGUACCUAAGUCAAUUGCUGGAGGAAAGCUAAUCUGCGAGAGACUUGRAGGAACUCUUGCCCAGUAUUUCACCCUCAGAGCACAAAUUUAUGAUUUUCAGUUUGAUUUAGUUGACAGCCUUGCUGCAGUCGUCCGCGGAAAUAUUGCCAAACGUCUCUCAAGAGAUAUCAACAAAGGAACCSAUGAUCUUAUGGAUGCAAAGCAAAUAGCGACCGGUUUCUUCUUGGCGCAGUACAAGAUUCAAAAGGUGUCGUCUGUUUACUGUGACAUACUGGAGUACAAACAACUUGGGACGCGUGUGGAUGCUUGUGCAACUACAGAUGGGCUAUUGAGAGGGCAAAAUAUAAAAGAACUWAUCGCUUAUGCAGACAACACUCCUUACACCGAAAUAACUAGAAACGUGUAUAUCCCGACCCGAGCUGGUGCAAACGGCCAUAUCGACACUGGAAUCAUAGAUCUGGACGCUUUAUCAAAGGGACGAAAGGUUUUAUUUAAGAUCCCAGUUGAUCAAGCAUGGCUUCAAAAGUACCAAUGGCUUUUACCUGGUGAAACAGUAAUUCCAUUCAUCAAAAGCAUGAAGCUUUUUCUCCCUCACAAAGUUUACGACAAAAAUAUAGUCUUAACCACACAGAUAACUCUCACUUCUGUGGCUGGAAGCUCUGUUACAACCAUAAAUCCCACCACAGGUGUGGUUUACCUAUUACCUGAUCCRCAAAAYGAGUACCUGACAAUCUACAAAGAAGGCGCCUACAGCAGCUGCUCAAAGGAGAUUACCAACCCUUACAGCCUUUGCAAGAACCUUCCGAAAAUUUGUGAUUUAACACAGCGUGUUUCGACCCCCAAAAGCCUUCUCCCAACAAUCUUGUCUACUUUUAGUCUAAAAGCGAAGAUAACUAAAGGUGGAAAUGAUGUGAAAUACGAUGCACCGAAYCCAGGCAGCUUAUUGCUCAUAAGAGCCAAGGUUAUCUUGAAGAUGCCACCGUCCGGGGCCAAGAGGAGUAAAGUCCCAAAGCCKGCUCCUAGUUCAGGUGUGGUUAUGUCCAAAGAUGGCUGCUGCAAGGGUCAAUAUUACAGGUUGUCGUUGGAUGACCUGAGUUGCGGCCCCUGUCCUCGGGACACAACCGCCUAUCAUGGUGGAUUGUACUGUCAGAUCAACAAAUAGAAAGAUGAAUAGUCAAUGAAGCUAAAGGAACCAUUAUCCAAAAUUAAAUGAGUCAUUGUUGUGUAUACCAUCAAUGACAAAUUAUGUAUCUAAUAAAUUGAAGACUAAUAAAGUCUCUAAU